AUGUCCAAUUUUUUCCCGACAGGUAGGAUGCUAUAUCCCUGGCUUCCACGACGACUAGCAGCCCUUUACGACUGGCUCAAGAGGCAUGAACCUACCUGGGGCUUCACGAUAUAUCGUACAACUUAUACCCCCGAGUCUGACGCUACUUUCCCCGCUGUUGUCGACCUUAUAACGGCAUACGUGAAACACGAAUUUUACGAGCAAUACGAAUCUCUUCGCAAGAACCCCCGCACAGCACAUCAAGCUGACGUCGCCAUUUUUGAUGAAUUAUGGGCCGCAUACAAACCACGUGUCAUGGAUGAUGCUACCCAGUUUGAUGGCCUAUCAAUAGACCAGCUUCGCACUCAGUUUGAUGCUUGGGCAAAGGAACAAGGCCAGGCUGAUAGAUUCCCUAGCUACCGCAUGUUUAUCGUUGUUGAUGAGGAAAGUUUCAACUCUCUUCAGAAUACGCCUCUACCUGCAGAGCUUCCAACAGGGAUAGAAUCUCGUGUUGCGCAUUACGUAAAGCUGGUAGAGGUGGUGCAAGACGAUGAUCCCACAUUUCCAGGGUGGAUGAAAUGUUCCUUAAAAGGCCUUUGGGAUAUGUGGAGGAAUAUGGGGGAUGGCGACUAUAUGCGGAAAAGCUAUGUGCUGGUUAGUGACCAUCGUGAUGUUUAUUAA